AUGGCAGAUACCAAGAUCGAAAUACAGAAGUUUGCAAACAAGGAUGGGGAGUACAAGAGGAUGCAAUCGGUGUUCAGAAACACCAUCUCCAAAGACGGGCCACAUCUCCCAGAGGCCAACAGAUACCACCUCUAUGUGUCGUACGCAUGUCCGUGGGCGCACCGCACGCUUAUCGCUCGGCUCACGAAGGGCUUGGCCGGGAUCAUCGGGGUGACCGUUGUCCACUGGCACAUGGACAACAACGGGUGGCGGUUUGGUACAGAGGAGGAGAGCAAGACCGAGUCGAGGGAUUCCACACCGGAGCCAUUGUACGGUUUCCACCGGUUGAAGGAGCUCUACUACAAGGCAAACCCCGAGUACCAGGGCCGCUUCACCGUCCCGGUGUUGUGGGACAAGAAGCUGGAGACGAUUGUGAACAACGAGAGCUCGGAGAUCUUGCGGAUCUUCAACACAGAGUUCAACGCGUUGGUGCCUGAGGAGCAGGCUGCGAUCGACCUCUACCCGGAACCGCUACGGGCGCAGAUCGAUGAGCUCAACGAGUGGAUCUACCCAAACAUCAACAACGGGGUCUACAAGACCGGGUUUGCCACGAAGCAGGAGCCCUACGAGAAGGAGGUGACAAACUUGUUCAACUACCUCGACAAGCUAGAAGAGCUAUUGAAGGCGAGACACGACAAGUGCGAGGAGUACUUGCUGGGCACCCUGCUAACCGAAGCAGACAUCCGCCUAUUCACGACCUUGGUCCGGUUCGACCCGGUCUACCACCAGCACUUCAAGUGCAACAUCAGGAUGAUCAGACACGACUACCCGCACAUCCACCGCUACUUGAGAAACCUCUACUGGAAAGAUGACGUCUUCAAAAGCACCACCCACUUCGACCACAUCAAGUUCCACUACACCAAGUCCCACCCGCAGAUCAACCCACACGGAAUCACCCCAUUUGGGCCUUUGCCAAACAUUAUGCCUCUAUACCCAUGA